AUGAAAGAACCGAUGUCAAACAAGAUAUUUACAUCAGAAUCAAUCAUUAGUUCGGGUCAAGAACAAUCAUCAAUGUCAAAUGUAGAAAAGAUCAAUUUAGAUACACAAAUUGAUGAUAUUCGUUCAAAUUCAAAAAAUUCAUCUGAUGUUCCUGAAGCAUUUAUUGAAACUCUUCAAUCAUCAAUUUCAUCAACAAUCGAUGCUAAUAAAACAAAUCCAGGUCCAAGCAAGAAAAAUCAAAAGAAAAAAAAUCAAACUCCUUCUAAUCAACAAUUUACACAAUCAAUUACACCUGAAGAAGAAAGAAAAGUUCCGCCACGAUUCACUUUUUCAGCUAAUUCUUCGAUUAACCUCCUGAAUCCCGAGAAUUCUUGCGUUCUAUUCGAAGCUAGAGAAAAAUAA